AUGGGAGAUAAGGAAGCAAAAAAGGAAGCGAUUGAAAUCAUUUAUGAAAUUGCGAAUAUUCUAAAUGUAAAUUUAGAUAAAGAAACUAUUGUUAUAUUAAUACAGUUGUGUGAAUAUGGUGUCAGUCCUAAAAUACUUUCACAUAUAAUUAUCCAAUUGAAAAAAGAAAGAGAAAAGUUUUUACAAAAUGUAAGUAACAAUAUGGAAAAUUUGAAACAAGGAAAUGCCUAA